ACUCCAAAUUUUAUAUAAAGCAUAUUCUUUUUUCAUUGGUAAUAAUAAUAACAAAACGCUAACAGUUGUUUUUUCAGGAUUCCUUCAUAAUACUUUCGAAUUCAUAAGUUUUACAAAAAAUGGGUAAUAAUAUCGAAGAUGAUGUGAUUGAUCUUACAUCUUCUUUUACAUUAGUCGAUCAACGUGGUUUAGCGAACGUUAUAAUUGAUCUCGUCAGUGAAGAUUCUUUCAAUUCAUCUUUUCAGACUAAAAGCGUUGCAAAGAAACAUUCACAAGCAUUAACACCUUGUAUCGAAAAGAAUUCUAGUGGAUCACAAAAGAAAGAAGAACCAAGAACCUUAAAAAAAAUUGGCGACUGUCCUAUUUGUAUGGAUGAGCUUGGCAAAAGCCCAAUGUCUUCCACAAAUUGUGGUCACGUAUUCUGCAGUAACUGUUUGGAACAAUCACUAAAAUUUGAAAAACGAUGUCCUACUUGUCGAAAAUAUCUUAAAGGAAAAUCGGCAUAUCAUCCUUUAUACUUAAGUAGUGAUUAAUUUUUUUUAAGAAAUUGGCAAUAAUUUAAUAAUGUAUGGAGGGCGCAAUACUAGCGCAAUUAUUUUUUAAAGAAAGAAAUGUGCUUUAGAUUAUCGCUUCCCAGACCAGGCAUACUGCCAAAGGAUACAUUAAGCUGCCAAAGAACUUACUUAUUCUUAGUAACACAGUGAAAUCAGUUAAUUUGACUCUACUAUAUUUACCAACCACUUUGUAUGUUUUUUUUAUAGUGACCCGUCCCUAUUUUAAGAAAUUAAUUAUUUGACUGACAUGAUUCCUAACAACCUUGCUCUUUAAGAUGAUGCUUCCAGGCUUUGACUUGUGAGGAUGUUAUCUUUUGUUUAAUGCAAAUUGUAAUUUUUAUUAAACUUAAUACCUAACAAAUACUGUGUUUAUAAUCUUGUAAAUAUUUUUAUUAAUGACUUAACAAUAUUGCAUCAGACCAGAUAAGACUUACCAUUACAAAAUUGUUAAGUGAUAGACAUUAUUCUCAUUAUUUAUAUUAUUAGAAUGUAUAAUUUAGUUACAUAAAGAUUUUAUUGAUGAAUUGACUUUGUAAUUUUUGAUAAAUUGGCAGACUAUAGCUACUAAUGCUGGAUAGUUUUUAAUUGACAUGCUGAUAUAUAUGGCACACACUAAUUAAUGUAUG